UCAUUCACCUACACUCUUUCUUUCUUUCUCCUCCAGCCUCCACUCACAAACCCUGUAACAAACAAACCACCGGCCGGAAACAAUGGUGCAACGACUCACAUACCGGAAACGCCACAGUUAUGCUACCAAAUCAAACCAGCACAGGGUUGUUAAAACCCCAGGUGGUAAGUUGGUUUAUCAGACUACCAAGAAGAGGGCUAGUGGGCCUAAGUGUCCUGUUACUGGAAAGAGGAUUCAAGGGAUUCCUCAUUUGAGACCUGCUGAAUACAAGCGGUCAAGAUUAUCAAGGAACAGAAGAACCGUUAAUCGUGCUUAUGGUGGGGUGCUUUCCGCAGGUGCUGUGAGGGAAAGGAUCAUUAGGGCUUUUUUGGUUGAAGAACAAAAGAUUGUGAAAAAGGUGUUGAAGAUCCAAAAGGCGAAAGAAAAGACAGCCUCUAAGGCUUAGAUUUUGCAGUGUUUCUGCAAUUCUUCAUGAGGGUAAUUAUAGGGCUCUUUUAUGUUCGGACUGUUCUACUUUGUCGACAAACAAGCUUGGUAAACCGUCUUAGGUUUUUGUUUGGUGUUCAAUGAUUCUGUUUUGGAUUCUUUUGUACGUUGAAUCUUGUUUUUCUUAUGAACUCAUGUUCCUGCUAUUACUUGCAUUUUCAAAACAAUUUAGAAAUACA